AUGUUUGAGAGCUCGACAGACAAAUUCGAUUUUUCUGACAUUGAGGGUAGAAAAAAGAUGGGGCGCAACGAUGGAGAUGGAGGGUGCCGAAUGUCCAGCGCUUCGGGGUUCCUCAUGGUGUUGCUGGCUAUAGGUAUCGCUGUAGGCGUUGGAUUAAUUGUGCACUUUGCUGGAAAUCAGAAGGAAUUAAAUUGUAACUGCUCGUGUGGGCCAGUAGAGGGUGCCGUGACAAUGGCUCCAGGAUUUUUGACGGAAACCUGUAAGGCGUCAGCUGUUCUUGGAAACCAGGAAUUGUGCGGGCUGUGUCCUGCAGCGACCACUGCGCAACCACAACAAUCAAUGACCACAACUAUGCGAAUGGAAACAACAUCAUCCACGACCAAUACAACGACCCCACCAACUCCUCCUCCUGGACCGGUCAGAGAUGUUCGGCUACCUACCUCAGUAAAACCGCUCCACUAUGUCCUACAGUUGAGGCCGGAGAUGUACAACAACAGGCCAGAGACAUUUACUUUCAACGGUACCGUUGCAAUAACUGUAGAAUGCAAUAGUGCGACGAACAACAUCACUCUCCAUAUUGCCCAGCAAAACCUUACUGCUACACCAACAGUUGAGGCGGUCACUGUCGGUGAGAUAUCGCCUGUCGUCCUCAACGCCACCAAAGACACGUCUAGACAGUUCCUGAUCCUCGCGUUAGAUAAACCUUUAGUUGUUGGGAGUCAGUAUAUCAUUCGUCUCGCAUUUGAAGAUAAACUCUCGAAUAAAGUUCUUUUGGGACUGCACGUCAGCACAUACAAAGACGAAGCAGCCAAUAUGACGAAGUAUAUUGCUGUCACCCAGUUUGCGCCAACAUUUGCAAGACAUGCGUUUCCUUGUUUCGACGAGCCGACAAUGAAGGCAACGUUCGACAUUACACUAGAGAGACAGCCGCACAUUAUCAGUCUCUCCAACAUGCCAUUGACUAAUUCAGUGAACUUAGGAGAUGGUUAUAUUGCAGACCAUUUCGAUGUGUCGGUCAUAAUGCCUACAUAUCUUGUUGCCUUCAUCCUCGGCGAACUUGAAAGUUUCGGAGUUUAUACCACGCCGGCCAAUAUCAACCAGACGGGAUUUGCUCUGCAGAUGGGAAGUUCACUUCUUGACAGCUUUGAGGAGUAUUUCAAUAUUUCAUUCGCUCUUCCCAAACUCGACAAUGUGGGCGUGCCUGACUUUAUAUACGGUGCCAUGGAAAAUUGGGGAAUUAUGGCAUACCAAGAACGUUAUCUCCUAUACACGGAAGGUGUAUCUACCACAAGAAGCAUGGAAAUAACAGCUGAGGCCUUGUCACACGAAAUUGUCCAUUCUUGGUUUGGUAACCUUGUUUCCCCGGCAUGGUGGGACGACAUUUGGCUGAAUGAAGGUUUUGCUGUUUUUCUCUCCUACUUCGGAGUGGAUCUUGUGGAUCCUGAGUGGGAUAUGAUGGACCUGAUCAAUUUGAACGUUAUACAGCCGGUGAUGGACGUGGACAGCGUGGAAAGUGUUAGCCCACUCUACAGAGAGGCGUACGCACCUGAGGAGAUUCUAGCUCUGUUUGACAUGAUCACGUACUUCAAGGGUUGCGCUGUCAUUAGAAUGAUGUGGUUCUUCCUUGGACCAGAAACCUUCAGGAAAGGAUUACAGGGAUAUCUCAGAGAGAAGGCUUAUGGAAAUGUUGCCCAUGAUGAUUUGUGGAGAGCUCUGCAAACGCAAGCGAUUGAGGAUGGUAAAACCGAUUUUAACAUUAAAACUGUAAUGGAUUCAUGGAUAUUACAAACGAAUUACCCGGUCGUGACAGUGAGGAGAGCAAAUGGCGGUCUUUACCUGAACCAGAGAAGAUUCCUUCUCCAGUCCGACAACACCACAGAUUUUGCUUGGUAUAGCUGGAAUAUUCCAUUUACCUACACUACAGAUCAGGAACUGCAUUUCAAUAAAACAGCAAAUGACGUUGUAUGGAUGGCACCCAAUACACAAGUAUACGCUACCGACGCCAGCAUCAGUAAGACGGGCGGAUGGGUCAUUGGAAACAUUCAACAUUACGGCUACUUCCGCGUGAAUUAUGAACCUGAGAAUUGGAAUGCUCUUAUCACCCAGCUUAAAACCGAUUUUACGAAAAUACACGUGGUCAACAGAGGAACACUUAUCACAGACGUAUGGGCAUUAUUUAAGGCUGGACAGGCUGAUUUGGUGACAGCCUGGGAUAUGCUGACCUACCUACGUCACGAAACAGAAUACAUACCUUGGGCAUACGCUGCUAAUGAACUCGAGUAUCCGACAAACAUGCUUGUCAGUCGUCCAGCCUAUGGAAAUUUUGAACGGUUCAUGCUGAACUUGCUAGAGGGACGCUCACUGAAUGUUUCCCUGUAUGACAACCGGCCUACCCAGGAAAGAUCACUGUCUGGGUUGAUGUUUCAACUGUCGUGCAAAUUCGGUGUAAAAGAAUGUACCAAUCGAGCAAUACAAUUAUUUAAUGACUGGAAAAAUUCGGGAACAUUGAUUCCCCCUGACAUCAAGGAAGAAGUUUUCUGUAAAGCUAUCCAGGAAGGAGGUGAAGAAGAGUGGGAUUACAUGUUUAAUGUUUACGUUAGUGGACCAGGCUCGGAACAGGCCGCGGCUCUCCAAUCGCUGGCUUGUACAAACCGUUUGUGGAUCAUCAGCAGAUACCUGGAAUACACACUAGAUCCGUCAAAAAUUCGACAACAAGACGCUCCUCGUGCCUUCAAUACACUUCUUGGAAACACGAUAGCCUUCUACCCGACUUUCGAUUAUCUUCUGAAGAAAUGGGAAUUCCUGGUUGUCGAUUAUGGGGUGGAUGUGAUUUUAUUGAAUGGAAUCAUUGCCGCCUCAGCUAAAGGAAUGUAUACAGAGUAUGAUAUGAACAGGAUCAAGAGCUGGAGAGAUGCUAUACAUCCCGCUGAUGCCCCUGAUCUCGCUGGGUUUUCCACGGCAAUUAAUAGAAUUUCUGUCAAUAUGGAAUGGCACAACAAGUACUAUGAAAAGGUGGCAAAUUGGCUCGAGGAUUUUAUAGGACAACCGCCAAAAUAAUAAUAACACUUUAUGAAAUUGGCAAUAUUUCCCGCCAUCCUGAAUUAAACUAUAAGCAAUAAGUUUGGUAACAUUUUACUAAACAAUUUAACAUGAUUCCACUGAACUAAUGGCUUAUUUGAUUGUGACUAGGUACUUGGAAAAUGGUGAAUUGGCAUUGAAUCAAAUCAUCUUUUGUCCACCGAGAAUCCCUAUAGUGAAUGUGAUUAUAAAUUAUGUUGGGGAAAAAUCCUUUAUCAUUUUUAAUCUGAUACGAAAAUACUAAAGACACGACAGAUUAAAAGAUAUGCAAUUAUAUACGGAGAGUUAGACAUACGGCAUGAAUUCGCGUACAUGUAUAGGUAAGUCACCAGGCACGUGCUGUUCUUCACAUAGAUAUCGAGGUUUUCUUUAAAGCAUUUUCAUAAAGAUAAAAUUUGAGACAACUCUUUGUAGAAAAUCGCGAUAUCUAUUAAAACAAAGUAUAAAAAAAUUGCCAUUUCCGCCGUAUGAUUCCUUAGUAGUUUUGCAAUGGAAUGUUUGCAACCUGGGUUACGCUCAGCAUGGAAUUACAGUGGAUUACUUUCAAUGAUAGUAUGGUCCACAAUCAUCAUCAAAAUCACAUCUUAUGUUGUUAUUUAAAUUGCACGUUUUUAGCGCCCAGUUCAUACGCUAAUGACAUAACAUUUGUAGAGUAUAUGCAAAUGUUGGCAUUGUUACCCCUCCCAUUCUGUUUUGUUUUGUUUUGUAUUGCUUUUGUUUUUGUUUUUGGUCAAAUAAUUCCAUGCAUGCAAGAAACAACUGUUAACGAUAUUGUUUUUGUAAAUCUAGUAAAUUCAAGAUAUCGUAACACUUUUUAGAUCAGAAAAAGUCUAAACAUGCAACUAAACUGUUUUGUCUGCCAAGGAAUAUAAUAUUUUGUCUGUUACAUUUCAUUCGAGCCAUUCUGGUGGUAACAUUUUUGGCAUUAAAGCUCAAUCUUGUGAUGUUUGGGGUUAGGUUCACGCUGAAGACAUUAUUUUAUUUAUCCAUUGUUUGCUUGUUUUUUUUUUUAAUUUUAGGGACAGGCCUUAACUUUCAAUCAGCAUUAUUUUUUCUUAUCAAUAUCAAAUCUUUAUAUUCUAAAAAUAGGAAUACGAGCCCUUGCCGCCUAUAGAACUGACGGUAAUUUAUGGCUUCGUGUUGUGUCAUUUCCAUUUGUUUUACAAACUCAAAAGAUAUAUUACAUAUAUAUUUAUCUUUGUCCUUUACCAGAAUAUAUACGAAAAUGCAAUGGUGCUUCUCAAUUGAUUUGCACACUUUCUGUGACUAUAUAACUGCAACAUAUGUCUUCGCGCCUUUUUCUUGUUUAUUUUCGUUUUUUUCUGAUUGAGUUUAAAUGAGUGAAAAAAAAAUACCGUGAAAAGGAUCACGGAUAUUUUAGUUAAUAAUAAUCUGUUUAAUUGGGAUGUAAUGAGCUGUUACAGUCAUAUGAUGCAGGUGUCAUUGUUGUGAGCACUAUCAAAAUAUCAUUUUUUGUCAGUGAAAUAAAGAAAUUUAUCAAACUAAUACAACAAUAUUUUCACUACACCGAUGAGCAGUUAAACUAUAAGAUUUAACAGCGAAAAUAAAGUUGUUCUUUUCAGUGAAAA